AUGUCGUCUCAGCAACUCGUUCGAGUGACCGUGGCCAAGACCUGUCAAUUGAUCGUCGAGGCCGCGCAGAACAAGGCCCAGAACGCGCUCCCCAUCGACUCCCCUGAAAUGGCCCAGAUCACCUCCUGCGCCCAGGUCAACUCCAUCGCCGUCUCCCUCGGCUUCACCGAAUCCGACCACGGCUCGCUCUUCACCGCGCAGGCCCUGAUCGGUCCAGACGGGACCAUCCACCCCCACCGCCGCAAGAUGGAGCCCACGCACAUGGAGCGGACGAUCUUCGGCGACGCGUUGGGGGAGAGUUCCGACAGCGUGGCAAAUCUGGAGCCCAUCCGCGUCGGCCACCUCUCGUGCUGGGAACAUUUCCAGCCGCUGCUGAAGUAUCAGACGCUGUCUUCAGUGGUAUUUGGGCCGGACGGUCGACGGCUCACUGAGCCGAUGGAGGGCACCAAGGAGUGCAUCAUCUAUGCGGAUCUAGAUAUGGAUCUCAUCCUAGCGAGUAAGAUGUUUGCGAAUCCGGUGGGACACUAUAGUGGGCCGGGUUUGAUGUGGUUGGGGGUGUGUAAGGAUGUGAAGAAGAGGGUGGUCGAUGAGGUGGACGGCCUGCCCAAGCUCUAA